CUAAAAUGAUAAGGUUAAGGAAUAUUAUUGGAUCUGCUAUCCAUAUUUAGACAUCUUUAUUUCGAUUUUCAGCUCAAGCUCCCCAACCACCUCCAGAAUAACCAAAUAAAAAAUUGUUAUUCUAAGGAAAGAAUGCUGAAAAACCAAAGAAAUAAAAUCAAAAAUUUGAUUAAAGACAUUAAUAUUACCAAAGAAAGGAUUCUAAUGAAAAUUAAAAGGAUGAAUAGAGUCCUCCCUAAUAAAAGAAAUAAGAAAGACAUUUUGAUAAAUAAUCUUACCAUAGAUAAAAAUUUGAUGAGCCAAGACCUUAGAAAUAUGAGAAAGAUCGUAAAUCAUCUGAAUAAUCAUAAUAAUAAUAAUAAUAACCAUAAGAAGGUCAAAAGAAAACAGGAAUAUUAUUUGGACAAAAAAGCAAGGAAUAUAAAUAGCUUGGAGGAAGAAUUAUUAGUAAAAGAAGUUUCAAUUAAAUUCUGAAAAAAAAGUAGGAGAGUGAAAAACAAAAUGAAUAAAUUUUUAUAGAUAAACUCAAUGAGGCUUAGAAUAUUUCAAAUGAACAUGAUAGAAAUUAAAAAUUAAUUGAGAUAUACUCAAAUCAAGGUAAAUUCGAUAAAGUUAAAGAAAUAUUUAAAUCAGAAAAGUAAUUUAAUUCUGGUGUCUAUUCAGUUUACAUAAAUUAAAUAGCUUUACAUUCUAUUGACCUUGAAGAUUAUGAACAACUCAAAUCUAUUCUAAAUAAUCUUGAAGAUAGAGUUCAUACUCUUCAACCAGAAGUAUUUCAAUCUAUUUAUUUUAUGAUUUUCAAUCUUGAUUUAUUUCCUAAUGAAAAAGUAUAUUAUAUCAUUUAUUGUUAUUUUAGGCUAGAGAAUUAGAAUAUCUUAUUAAUAUUGUUACAACUCAUCAUUUAAGUUCAUAAUUUGAUUUAACAUACUUCUAAACUCUCUUUGAAGAUUAAUCAUUUGAAAAUGAAAAAACAAGCCAAUUAUUAGUAAUCAAAGUCUUUAAUCAAUAUUUUGAAAGAUACGCUUAAUAAAAUAAAGGAAGAUCAAUAAUAGAUUUGCCAAACUUAAAUAUAGCAUUUGCUACAGCAAUUAAAGCAACCAUUUUUCAUCAUACAAAUGAUGCACAAAACUUCCUUAACAAUUUAAAGUCAUUACAAUAAUUAGCUGAAAAUAAUGUUAAAUUAGAAGACUUAGUGAGAUAUGCAUAAUAGUAUUUGUAUAAUUUAACUUUAGUAUUUCUUUAAAAGAGAAUAAUUUUACAUAAUUAUUGGAUUUAUUCAAAUAAAUAAGAAAUCCUAAUUUCAUAUUCUUAUUUGAAUAAUCAUUAAAAAAAUUAGAUUCAAAUGGUCUCUAAGUGAAAACAAUUGAUAGGGAAUAAUUAUAAAAUCUCUAUUUUGAAAAAGUAGACAAUCUAGCUGUCAGAUAAGCUGAACUUUUUGGAUUAUUUGCUGAUCGUUUCUAAUUUCCUGAAUUAACAAUAGAGAUCUUUUAAAACCAUAAAUAAAAUAAAUAAAAUGAAUAUUCUAGUUUCUUAUAUUAAAAAGCAAUUGGAGUAUUAAUAGAAUAAUCUGGAGGAAAACAUAUAAGUAAUGCUGUGGUAUUAUUUGUUAUUAAUAAUUAAGAUGACUCUAAUGUAAGAGGCUAAUAGUUUUAAGGUUCCUUUAUCUAAAGUGAAUUAUUAAAUUAAUCAAAUAAAGGCUCAUAUUAAGGAAGGGUCAUAUUAAUUAGCCUACAAUCUCUUUACAUAAAAUGUUAUAGAUGAUGUAAUUUUGGCAUUUUAGAGGUAAUAUAUUUACAAUAUACCAUUCUAGAGAGAAAAUUAGGAGAUUUUUAUUAAAAUAUGUUUAAAAGAUGCAUAUCGGUACAAAAUUCAAGAUGACUUCACACUUAAAAUACUAUUAAAAAAAAAUAAAAAAAAUAGAUGAUUUUGUAAAAUAUCUUACAGAUAAAUAACUUUUUGAUUUUCAUAAGGAAGAGAGAUCAGAUAAUUAUUUAUUAGAAACCUUAAUUAAUUAAGAGGAUAUAUUUGAAUUUAAUAAAUAAGCUGCUUAUAGAUAGGCUUUCCAUAAAAUAAAGUCUGAUAUUGCAUUAGGCAUUUUCGAUUAUUAAAAAUUGUAAUAAUAAUGAUCAAAUUAAUUAGAUUAGAACCAGCAACAGAAAGUGAAUAAAUUCAAAGAGAAGUAUUUGAUGAUUAUGAGAAUUUUGUGAAAAUUGAAAAAAAGAUAUUAUUUGAUGAAAGAAAAAGAAAAAGAGUUAAUUUGAUGUUGGAAUAAAUGUCACCAUCAUAUGCAAGGAAAAAAACAUAUGAAUAAGUGCUUGUUGAUAUUGAAUAAGUAUAUAAGAAAAGUUAUUUUGAAAAUGGAUUAUUGAAAAAUGAUUUGAUUGAAUUUCCAGAGGUAGAAUAAAUUUAGUAAAUGUAAAAAAGUAUAAAUUUAAGUUAAUUUAAUAGAAAUGAAAAAGGAAUUAGCAAAUUUAGGUUUACCAGUAUAAAAAUAUAAGGCAAAUGUUAUUACAUUCAAAUCAACGUAAAUAAAUUCUUAGAAUGAAUAAGAAGUUAUUGAAUAAAUUCCAGAAGAAUAACUUACAAAGGAAAAUGAAUAACCUCAUAAAUAAAAAGGAAGAUAGAAAUCAUCAUCAAAAUCUAUAGAUAAAAUAAUAGAUGAAUUAGUCGUCAAAGCUAAAGAAGAGAAUAGAAGUACUAGAAAUAUUGAAAGAUUGAGAAGAUAUUUAAAAGCCAUAAAAUAAGGAUUGAAUUUUCAAAAGAAGAUGAAAAGUGAUAAAGAAUUCUUUAGGAAAAUGGUUCGUGUACACUAUUAAUAUGGUAGACAAGAUAUAGGAAUGAAAGAGUUAGUAAACUUAAAAUUAAAGAAAAAAUUACUUAGAAAAAGAAGAAGAUACAUACCAAGAAAUCCUUUAAGAGAAAAACCAGCAAAAUAAUCAGUAUUUAUGAAUGGUAAGAUUAAAUUAAACGAUUUUCAAUUUAUGAAAUACAUAUAUUAUAAUGCCUACAAUUAGUUUAAUGAGUACAUUAAUGUUCCACCAAGCAAUUAUUAAAAUGAGAUAUGGGAUUUACUUGCUUGGGGAAUAUAAAAUUAAGAACCAAUGGGUAUUUAUAUUGAAUUAUAAAUUAGCUGUAAAAUUAGCUGAAUAUUAUUGUAAUACUUGUGGUGCUAAGAUGCCUGAAUAUCUAGGUAAAAUGAUAGCCAAUUUUUAUAAAUGUGAUGUCGGAGAAACAAGUAAUAAAAAUUUUGAUAAUGUAUAUAGAUUCAGAGGUUAGAUAGAAGUGGAUUCAAUCUUUGGAAAUUAUUAAUGAUAUUAGUAUAAAUAAAGUGUAUUCACAUAUAAAUGAUCAAGCAUUUGUAUCAGAAUAGGAUAUUGAGUAUUUACAUGCAAUUGAAUGCAAAUAAGAGUACAAGGGAAUAUGCAGAGCAUUACUCAAUACAACCCAUUCCUAUCGUAAGUAUGUGAGAUAUGGUGUUUCAUAAAAAGAAUUAUUGAUGUGAUUUUAUCAGAGCU